UACACGUAAGGACCGUCGAUUUAUAGAAUAUAAAUACUUACUCCAUUCAGUAUUCGAAAUCAACUCUGACGUGAUUUACCAAGUAGUCGCAGUAAUGGAUCCCGCAGAGGUUUUAAUGGAAGAAGCGAAAGCGCGCCAGAAGCCGAUCCUGGAAGCGGCAGCUCGCGGUGACUCGGAGAUACAGCGGUUCUUCAGCGGCACGACCGCCUUCGUCACUGGCGGCACCGGCUUUCUCGGGAAACUGCUCAUCGAGAAACUGAUCAGAUCUUGUGAUGUAAAAAAGAUUUACGUCAUAUCAAGACUGAAAAAGGGAAUAUCAAGUAAAGAAAGAAUCAGUGCUUUACUAAAAGAUUGUGUAUUUGAUACCCUUCGCGAAAUAAAUCCAGAUUUUGGAAAUAAAAUAGAACCAAUCGAAGGAGAUGUGGCGGAAUUACAUCUCGGCCUUAGCGUCCAAAGUUGGGUCAACAUAGCCGAAGAGGUUGAUGUUAUAUUCCACAUGGCAGCUACCACUAGAUUCGACGAGACUUUACGUAAAGCGACUCUGAUCAAUGUGCGUGGUUCCAGGGAAAUACUUGCUCUAGCGAAGCAGUGUAAAAAGCUAAAAUCAUUCGUGUACGUAUCGACAGCAUACUGUCAAGCGACUCGAGACAGAAUCAAAUCAUAUGUGUUGGAACAGUUCUACCCCAGCCCAAUUCACCCGGAUGCGUUGAUAGGCAUGGCGGAGAGCAUGGCAGAUGAAAGGCUGGUCUCCAUCACGAAGGAGUUAAUUGACGGUUGGCCAAACACUUACACGUUCACAAAAGCAGUGACGGAGGAACUUGUACGCAGCAACCUCGGAGAUAUACCAGCUUGUGUAGUAAGGCCGCCUAUCGUGUUAGGUGCGUAUACUGAACCAUCGCCCGGGUGGAUUGACCCGUCCUGUGUUUACGGAGCCGCUGGGAUGCUCCUAAACGUUAUAAUUGGAGUAUCCCACGUGAUGCUCAGAGAAAACAUAGAUUUAUGCGUUAUGCCAGCUGAUUUCGUCACCAAUGCUAUCAUCGCCUCUGCUGUGGAAACUCGCAACAGACACGACAACGACGACAAACAACUGAAAGUCUACACUAUCAGCAGCGGAUCCAAGUUUAAUAUCAAUGCUGGGAACAAAAUCCUCCGUACUCACCGAAUGAGAUCUCUCGCAUCUCCUAAAUCUGUUUGGUAUUGCGGGUUUGUGGAAACCAGCAACAAAUUCAUCUUUCGGCUUCUAUACUGGAUGCUGCACUAUAUACCUGCGUACUUCGUUGACACGCUGGUCUUUUUAUUACGAUUGAAACUGCCUGCGGGAAUACCUUCGGUCAUGAAAGUAUACACUAAAAUUUACAAGACAACUUUGGUGCUGUCGUACUUUUGA